CAAUGUCACACUGUCUGAAGUCAUUUAAUUUUUUUCCCGCGAAACGCGCUUCUGAUCACGCACUCCAACUCUCUCACUCUUUCAAUUAAACUCUUCCUUCCCAUUAAGCUUCCAAACCAAAACCAACCAAACUUUCCCUAAUUCUCUGUCAUGUUCGCGGCGUCUCCGCCACCCUCCGCCCCCGCUACCACUGCCGGCGUUGGUCUCGGCUACGGCAUUGCCAUCGCCGUCAGCAUCCUCGUCCUCAUCUCCUCCAUCAUGCUCGCCUCCUACGCCUGCGUCCGCUUCAAAUCAAACUCUCCUCGCACUCGCAACAACACUUAUUACGACCAAACGGAACAGAAUAACAGCAUUCACGACUCCGGUGGGCCCGAACCCGUCGUCCUGGGCCUGGAAAAGCCUGCCAUCGAGGCCUACCCGAAGAUCGUGGUCGGAGAGAGCGGCCGCCUCCCUAGGCCCAACGACAGCGGCUCCUGCGCCAUCUGCCUCUGCGACUACCUUCCCAAGGACACCGUACGCUGCGUUCCGAGCUGCUACCACUGCUUUCACGCGGACUGCGUGGACGAGUGGCUGAAGAUGAGUGCCACGUGUCCGCUCUGCCGGAACUCCCCGGCGCCAUCACCAUCGCCGUCACCGACGCCGCUCUCGGAGCUCGUUCCGCUGGCUUUCCACGCCAGUGUCAUGGAGGAAGUGGGUGAACACAGUAAAGCUUCUGACACUAGGAAGAAGGUUUGGUUUUGUCAUCAUUUCGUUACAUCAAAGUCAAUGUACAGUACCCGAAUCACUAAAUUCCCAAGGUUGUUGAACUGGAUUGGUAUCAAUAUUGGGGAGAAGUUUAUAGCAACUGCAUUGGCAAAGGGAUCGGUUGUUGUUGAUGUUGGUGUGUCCAAAGAGGAGCUUAGUUAUGGGGUGGUCAAAGACGCUGUGCAAAAACAUGGUUUUCCAUAUUNCAAGCAAAAUAGAGGAGAAAUGGAGAAAUUAUUUUCUAUUGUAGAUGAACAAACAAGAGUUGUUGCCGACAUGCGAACUAGUAUUGACAAAUUAAAGAAGUCGGUUGAGGCCAGCAAUGAAGAUAAGAGUGAAGAUUUUGUCGAACAACCAUUUUUUGGAAGUGAAGGUCAUUUGCAAAGCACACCGGUUCAAGAUGAUCAGCAAACCCCGAUGGUUGAUGGUGGUAUUGAAAUGAAACAAACCACGAUGUAUGACCGGAUGAAAGCUGCUCCUCGAAAACGGAUUAAGAGUCUGGCAAGAAGAACUCCCUAUACCGAAAAUGUUACAAGAAAAAAUGAGUACUUCAUUAACUUGUACUAGAAUUCCCAAUGUACUUUUGAUUUAAAAUGAUUAUGUUUGGAAUGUUGUUUAAAAUUGUUGUUGAAUAUGAAAAUUGUUGUUGUUNAUANUGUUGGUGGUUAUUAUAAGUGCAAAAUCUUUAUCAAAAAGGUAGUGGAGCAUUACAAAAUUUAUAAAAGGUCUGUGUGCAAAAGUGUUAACGUAAUAUUCAUUUNAUACACAAUUUUUCUCAGGUUAGAAGAUGAAUAUACAAGUUAAUGCACCCCUGUGUGCAAAACUCGUUACACAAGUACCCAUUUAUUCGAACUAUAGUCCCACUUGAUUUUAUAAAGUUACUUAUGUUGUUUAACUUGAUAAGUUGGGGACUUGGGUUGAUAUUAGCAUGACACCAAUGUGUCCUUGUCUUAAGAACAAGGUAAUGGUCAGGAUAAUAAAUGUUUUUGAGGUUGAAAGAUGAAUUGAUAAGACAAUAAACCCCUGUGUGCAAAACUCGUGACACACGUACCCACUUAUUCGAGCUAUAGUCCCACUUGAUUUUAUAAAGUUACUUAUGUUGUUUAACUUCAUAACUUGGGGGCUUGGGUUGAUAUUAGCAUGACACCAAUGUGUCCUUGUCUUAAGAACAUGGUAAUGGUCAGGAUAAUAAAUGUUUUUGAGGUUGAAAGAUGAAGUGAUAAGACAAUGAACCCCUGUGUGCAAA